AUUGGCAAUGGUUCGUAGUGGAAAAAGUGGUGGGCUCCACCUGAAGCAGAUUGCAUACUAUAAGCGAACAGGGGAAUACCAUCCCACAACAUUAUCAAGUGAAAGAAGUGGAAUCAGGAGAGCUGCCAAAAAAUUUGUUUUCAAGGAAAACAAGUUGUUCUAUGUUGGAAAAGACAGAAAACAAAUGCGCCUGGUAAUUGUUUCAGAUGAAGAGAAGAAAAAGGUCCUCGAGAAAUGCCACAAAAAUGCUGCUGGCACUCAUCAUGGUAUAUCAAGGACACUGACUUUAGUGGAGUCUAAUUACUACUGGACCUCUGUAACAAACGAUGUCAAGCAUUGGGUGCAUGCUUGCCAGCAUUGCCAGAUGGCAAAGAACAUAGCCACCAGAGUGCCCAAAAUACACCCUAUCAAAGCAGAGGACCCAUGGACAGCAGUCACUAUAGAGCUAAUGGGACCUUUCAAUGUUACAAAUAGAAGUCACAAAUACGUCAUUAUUAUGACAGAUUUGUUUACAAGAUGGACUGUUAUCUUACCACUGCAUGACACUUCAGCAGCUGAAAUUGCUAAGGCAAUCAUAAAUGUGUUUUUCCUAUAUGGGCCACCUCAAAAGAUGCCUAUUGAUCAGGGGAAGGAGCUUGUUUAUCAGAUAAACAAAGAACUGUUUGCACUGUUUGGAAUGAAGCAAAUUGUAUUGGCUUAUCCUCAGACACAUGGUAUAAACGAAAGAAUGUCCAAGACAAUAAAAACUUUCCUUAACAAGUAUUGCAUGGACCAUCCAAAUGAUUGGGACGCGAACCUCACGAGUAUAGCCUAUGCUUUCAAUUUGACAAAUUUGGAGCCAGAUCAAAACACCCCAUAUUUCCAAAUGUUCAACCGUAACCCACGUGUUGUUGAGCCCAUGAAUAUAUGUGUGGAAGGAGAAUACAAUAGUUUUGCCAAAAUAUUUGAAGCAACUAAAAAACUCAGUCAAGUACUGGAAGAAGACAACACCUCAGGUUGCCAGGCAGAUAAAAAAACUUCAGAUGAACAAAAUAUCAGAACCAAAAUCACAGUCAAAAGGAAGUCAAAACAAUUAAAUACCCUUCAACUUAAAGUUGGUCAUGAAGUCCUCAGGCAAAGAAAAAACUGGUGGAAAGAUGGUCGUUUCCAGUCGGAAUGGAUUGGUCCUUGUAUCAUAGAUUACAUCACGGAAAAUGGCUGUGCAAUAUUAAGAGAUUCCACAGGAUCCAGGCUGAAAAGACCCAUCAAGAUGUCUCACCUCAAGCCAUAUAUAAGAGGAACCAGUGAAAAAGGCAACCAUUACAUUCUACAAGGUGCAGUAGUUUUUGACCAUGACUAUAUUGGCUUAUCUGAAACAUCUAAUAAUUCAAGUCAAGGGGACUCUGUUGCUGAAAAAGAAAUAAAUGCCUACGAAAGAGAUAUCAUAUCUGCUGUACAGAUUUCACCUGCAUUCUGCAAAGACCAAGAAUCAGCAGAAUGCAAACAUGAGUCUGAGCUGAGAGAAGAUCAUUGCAUUGAACCAAACACUGAAGAGCCACAGCAAUGGCCUUCACCUUGUUGGAACCUUCAGACAAAGACAGAGGGUACUUAAGCAUAGUCUUCUAUCACAUUUCCUUGCCAAACAGUUUGAAACUACUGGGGCAAACUGAAAAAAAAAUGUAAUAGCUCCAACUUCCUUAGCCCAAUCCACUUUACUCCUUUAUGAAUCUAAGAGUGUUUCAAGUAUCCAAUUUGUCUGGGUGUUAAGAAAAAGCACUAGUACAUAUUCUGAUCAUGCGUUUAAAUUCCAGAUUUUGUUGGUAGAAUGGCAAUGUGGCCAUGCCUUAUUGUUAUCCUCUCAGGACACAAUGCAUCUUUUUACUGUAAGGACCUUUUCCAUUUAACCCUUGGAUGACUCAUUCCUAAUGUGCACUGUGAGAUGAAAAACCUAAGCAAGUUGGUGUAAAUUUUCCCUCCACUACAGAGAAGCUCAUGUCUUCCUUUUUCUAUUAUAUAACAGUUUUCUAUUCAUUCUGGGAAGCUGCAGCAUCUGUCUUGUACAACUUUUAAUUUCUAAUCUAAUCCAUUUAAGAUCUCACAAAACAAUAAAACUGCCAAAAUCAAA